UGUUCAUAUUUAAAGCAAUACCACACCACAAAAAAAAAAUAAAUAAAUAAAUAAAAUGUUACCAAAGUUGCCUUUACUGAUAACAACGCUUGUUAUCCUUGUUAUAUUUCAUGGCACCGUUGGCAGACCAAUGUCCAAAGCAGAUGCACCCAAAGAUAUGAUCAACAAAUUGCAAAGUAUCUUUAAAGUUGGCGAAGGCAUUAUGGUAUACAAUAUAGGAAUCGCCAGAGAAGAACUUGAGGAUGACGAAAUCGUUUGCGCCGAACGUCGAGCUGGAAAGUCAUAUUGUAAGGAGGUUGAAAACUAUAUGGAGGCGACGCGGCUCGAUAAAAUUGACCCAGAACAGUUUGCUAAAUUCAAAGAAUAUUUCAUAGAUGAUUUGGCACAACCACAGUUGGUUGCAACUCGUAUGGAUUUUGGAAAGUCACCAUGUAAUAGUAAGACAAGCAUUAUAUACCCUGAGAGUGCUGAGUCAGAGGAUUCGAAAUGGUUGUUGAUAGUGCAGCAUGCACAACACAAGCAAGGUGUUUUGGUAGAGGAGUGUGAAAAUGUGGGGCAACCAUGCGAAGAGAAUAGUACUUUGCCACUGGAGGAUAUGCCGAAAUGUAAACAAAACUUCAGCUAUCGCAAGUUGGUUGUGUUGAAGAACGGCGAGAUGAAGGAGGAAAUGCUUAAAUUGCCAACUACUUGCGAGUGCAGAAUGUGCUCUACAUAA